AUGUUUGCUGGAUGUGCAAUUUCGAUCAGCUUUUCCCGAGUUUUGUCGGUUGCAUACAUUCACCAACAUUCUGCUGAGCGCAAGAAGACGGCGGACGGAGACAAUGGCAAAGGCACGCCUCGCGAGGUGUUGGUGCCUCUCCGGGUGCCAUUGGUGGACAUCAUGCGACAGAUGGAGGAGGACCCAACAUUGCUGCCAGAACCCGACGCACUCAGUGACCCGCUCGCCACUUGGAUGACGCGGAAGUACGGAGCAGAUUCGUCUUUGGCACAACUCAUCGUGCAGGUUCGUCAAUCCCAGGAAACCGACGACGAAGAGGGGUCAAGCGAAGAGGGAGCAGAUGUCCUGGGCUUGUUUGUGCUUCUAGAUGGAUUGGAUGAGGCUGCAGUGCUGCGCACAACAAUUCUUUCGUAUUUGGCAGCACUGUUGGCAGUGGAGCCUUGCAGCUUUCCCUUGCUGACUUCCCGGCCGGGAAUCGUGGGUUUCGCCGAACAAGAAUCUCUCGCCACCAUGGGCUUCGUUGCGUGCCUCAUGUCUUCUUUGUCGCAGAAAGCUUCGCGAGAGCUGGCCGCAUCCAUCAUGAAGCGCAGUCGCGAAUCGGAAGCUAGAAUGCAGAAGGUGGUCGACACUGUUGCCGACCCGGUCUAUGGGGGGCUGGCCGGUAAUCCGUUAUGCCUUACUUUGCUCGUGCACGUUCUGCGCAAGACGGAGGAGACGGACAAAGCGGCGAAGGUUUUGACCAAGACAACCAUGUAUCAGCAGGCGUUAAAGUUAAUGUUGCAUGUUGCUGAUGCAGCGAAGUUCAUGUCGCGGGAUGGUCAAGCAGACAUGGAAACGAUUCGCCAGCUCGAGGCCCUGAAGGGUCCAAAGGCGCGACAGCUUUUCCAAGCAAUCGCAUGGCAGGAGACCUGCAUGCGGCAGCGCACCUUUACGAUGGCCGAAGCCGAAGCUAUCAGCUCCGACAAGGACACCUUCGAAGCUUUUCGUUCCAGCAUCUUUUCAGGACGCUUGCCCGCGUUCACUGUGAUGGAAGGUGCUGCCGGCAAGCAGAUUCAGCUGGCACAUCUUUCCUUCCAGGAGCUUCUUGCGGCUGAAUUUGCAACUGCCGUUCUACAGCAUUCGCACAAGACAUGCCGCGUAGCCCCCUACUGGAACUUUCUGAGCUCCUCAUCGGUGUCUUGCCAGAGCCGGGAUCGUUUAGCAGAGCAGUGGUGGCUCACAGUUUGGAUCAACGUUUCAGAGAUGCUUGGCGAGGACUGCUUUCAGGCAUGGUGCAAGGAAGUUGGCAGCGACGAGCGCGCGCUUCUCAAGACUGGGAGGAUAUGUUUGCAUCCAAACCAAAUGUAUUUUGCGGGGGACGAUGCAUAUCCACAAGCCUCUGUUCCACAUCUCGUCAAAUCAUAUCGGGUGACGUGGAUUGAUUCGCGGGCGAAGCUGCUGAAGAUGGAGGAGACGAAGUUGAAAAAGCAGCGGCAUAUGCUUGGUAUGGAAAGGAAGGGGGAAACUGCCUCAAUGCUAUCCGAGUUGAUGCCCCUCGAAGCAGCGCACUGGAUUUGUGAAGGUGUCGGAACCCUGGCUUGCUUCGCUGUGGACCACAAGCAAUGGAGCCUGGUGAAGGCCUUGCUAGCAGCAGGAAUGCAUCAUUGCGUUUGUGCAGCCCACUGUGAGAGCGUACAAACACUUUGUCUGCGAAACCCAGACUGGACCGGUGUGCACCUCUUGGAUGACAUAAAGGCGGACAUUAAUUUCCCAGAGCCAGACUGCAUGGAUGCGCACGUCCUUCGCAUGGCAGUGCGUUACGAGCAUGAGGAGGCAAUUCGUGUGCAGACCCCUUCCCCUGCUGCCAUACAGUUGGCAGACAGCAAGGCUGAUUUUGCUCCGAGUUUGCAGAAGGCUUGUGCAGGCAGCCUCGAGCUCGAGCUCGGGGAGCUGGAUUCGGAGUUGAUGCACCCGGACACCGGCAUCACGCUACUGAUGUGUGCAGCAGCAGGUGGUUGCCCCGAUCUGGUUGCGGCUUUGCUAAAGGGCAGGGCGAAUGUUAAGUCUCGCUCCUCGGAGAACUGCACAGCCCUUCACUUCGCGCUGGACUGUGCCUGGGGGGAGCCAGCGAAUGCUUGUGUGCGACUGCUUCUGGAGUCCCGAGCAGACCCAAAUGCUAAGUGCGGCGUGACGACAACCUCACGAAACUGUGGCAUAGGCACCGGUUUUAUGGCAGGAUGCAUGCCAGCUAUGGCCAGCGACAUGACAAAGCUAGACCUCCUCCUUGAACAUGGGUAUGAUGUGACUAUGACGAGUGACUAUGGGCUGUCAUUGCUCUUCUGGGCCUCCCUUGCGAGCUCCAAGAAUCCGAAUUGCGCCGCCAUGAUGCAGCGGCUUUUGGAUCUAAAGUGCUCGUUCAUGGAGAGACUUGACACUUCAGCCAAUACUCGUGCAAGCAACCAGGAGCCUUUUGGCAUCGGCUUAAAUCGUAACCUUUACAGGAGCAAGUCAACCACGCUGUUUACUUUUUUGGCGAGCGGCAGGUUCCAUCUGAACGACACGGUCCUCCAAAAUCUCUUAGAAAGUUAUGACCUGAACAAUCGGGAGCUGGUCCAGGAACGAAAGGGCGCAAUUGCUGUUGCAGUUUAUCGGAUUCCUGCGUGGGACGCCAUACAGCAGAGCCCCGCAUUGUAUGUGGAUGAUACCAGGUGGGUAGAGCAUGCGUUGGCGAAAGGCCUGGAUCUGACAGUGGACUGGAUUCGUAUCGAGACCAACUGCUUGAUCAGACAUCUUAUGGAAUCAACACAUCUCAGUAUCAUGCUGAGUCUGGCCUUCUUAACUGAACUCCCAGCGCCAGGCAGCUACUUUGUCGUCUUCAGCCAUGUUCUGAAAGACCUGCCCGACAACAAGAAGGAUUGGCCGUUUGAGAUAAAACAUUUCGACAAAUACGUUCGGGCGGAAAUUGCAGGGCGGACAGAGUGCAUGGACUCGCAUUGCUCUGUUCGUUUGCGGCUGCACGUUCUCGUCGUGGUCGUUCUUGACAGAACGCAGGCGAACAAUGCUUAUGAUGAGGCUCUUUCGGGCCUCAAGCCAAUGGCACUGGCUGCUAAGCACCGUGCCAAAGCCGCCGGCGCGAAGGCAAGCGCGCCCGCUGUGCGAGUCAGGCCAAAGUCGCCCUCGUUCGCGAAGGAAAGUCCGCAACUGGAGCAUGAACUUUCAAGAGCGCUUGCAGCAGGGGACGCUGAGAGGAAACACUUGCAGACGCACGAGACCGAAUGUCGCGUGAUGCAGCACCAGCUGCUAUCGUGUCUCAAGGAUAACGAAGAGCUUCAACACCGCAUCAAAGCUGCUGAAGCAGACAAACAACAACAUGAGCAAGAGCUCGAUUCGGUCCGCCAUGAAAACACCAGCAUGCAAUCGCAGUUGGAGGCGUUGAGGUCAGAAAAGCUGGCUAUUCUCGCCCAUCUUAAUGUUGCCAAGCAGCAGCGACAGGCUUUGCUGCACCAAAGUGGCGCUGUGGCGAAAGAGGUGCAAACGUUGCGACAGCGCCUCGCCAAAUCGGCAGAGGAGGACGCAAGGCAAAGGUCGGAGCUGAAGAAGCUGGAGGAUGAGCUGCAGAUGCUUAGGACAACAGCAGAAAAUAUCCAAAAGACAGGCCGCCGUCUAUUGGGCGCCUUGAAGUUUCAACCAGUUUACACCAGUCCUACCAGCUGUCCUGUGGAGCUUCUGCGGAACGAGUUCACGCAGAACUGUGUAACAAACUUCGGCGAUCGACCACAGCUUGCGGCUCGUCUCGCCAUUCUCGCCCUUUCGAACUCUCUCCUGCCUUUGUCGCCUCGCGUAGCCGCCAUGGCAUCUCCCCGCGACUUCGCUGACUUCGUCGCGGCUGUCGGCCUCGACUUGGUGGGCAUGCCCGCGACGGGCGACAUUGGAGAGAAUGUCAUGCAUCCUACGCUGGGCAGCAAGACGGGCGAGGCUUUGACGGAGGCCAUUCGGGCGCUGUCCCCGGAAGACACAGAUCGAAGGGGCGGCAGACGCCCAGCCGCACGUCGAUGUGGCGCCGACUCACGGGCUGGCUUUCACCAUAUGUCGACGACGAGCUCAUCAUCGCCGAAGUCGGGCGGUGCCUACAUCCACACCCUCGAUGCCUACGGCAUCAUUGAGUCGGCGGCCCAUUUGGUUCCGUGCCGCCUCCUUGGGCGGCAGGGUGGGGCUUUGGAGGGCCAAGACCCAGUUGCCGGCGCCGAAGAUUGCGCCGGCAAAGAAGGCGCCGUCUUUGACGCCAUGGGCAACCUCAUCGGUGAGGCCUUCAAUGCCGCCGACACUUGGGCGGAAUUGAGCCCUGG